AUGACGGACCUCGACGAUAAUCAGCUCACGCAUGAACAGUACGAGGAGCUGUGCAAACACUACACGUAUCUGAGCGAAUCGCACUGUUUGUCCUGGGUCCAUUUGCAACCCGCACUGGAGUUGCUCGGGGUCCAUUUGGCCGGGCACGAGUUUCGUGAAUUGACCGGGACACCGCAACAAUGGAUUACGGUCGAGGAGUUUGCCGAUUUGUAUGCACGGGCCAGAGAUUUGAAAGACAAUACAAAAUUGAUUCGAAAAGCUCUACUAUUGAAAUCUGUGAAAGAUGUUCGGGCAUUUACCGAGAAUCGUGACAGUGAUACUCGGCACUCUGUGAGCAAAGCUGAGGAGCGUGGGUUCACCGUGUGGAUCAAUCGACGACUAGCAGCCGAUUCAGAUCUGACACCGGACAUUCUUCCAAUCGAUCCACAAGUUGACGGUCAAUUGUACGAUCGGUGCAAAAACGGAGUACUUUUAUGCAAAUUGAUCAAUGUGGCCAGUCCGAAUACAAUCGAUGAACGAAGUAUUAAUAAGGGACCGAUGCUGAAACAUGUGUUCAACGUCAAUGAGAACCUGACACUGGCUAUCAACUCGGCAGCUGCCAUCGGUUGUUGUGUGGUCAAUAUUGGACCGGAUGAUAUUGAGAAGAAAAAACGACACAUUGUACUCGGUCUGAUUUGGCAAUUGAUUCGCAAAGGUCUGGUCGAUACGAUCACACUCAAACAUCACAGUGAGCUGAUCUGUUUGCUACAGGAUGGUGAAUCCCCGGAAGAUUUGUUGCGUUUGAAACCGGAAGAAUUGUUGAUUCGUUGGGUCAACUAUCACAUGAUGCGUGCCGGUGUGGGUCGACGUAUGACCAACUACAAUCGGGAUUUGCAAGAUUCGGAAAUCUACGCGGUUCUGCUGGAUCAGAUUGCACCCAUAGAGAAAAGAAACAAAAUGAAAAGUCCCGGUGAAAUACUGAGCUCACGCAGUGAACAACAACGUGCGAGCAAUGUGUUGGGCAAUGCGGAAGUUUUGAAUGCACGUUGUUUCCUCGCUCCAGACGAUAUCUAUAUGGCAGACGAAUCACGCGAUCGAUUGCACCUGGCUUUCUUGGCAACCUUGUUCAACAUGUAUCCGGCUCUGGACGCACAGGGGGACUGGGUUAUCGAAGGAGAAACUUUGGAAGAACGAACCUAUCGAAACUGGAUGAACUCUCUCGGUGUGAGACCUUUCGUCAGUUUCCUCGAUAUUGAUUUAAGCAACGGGAUUGUGCUUCUCCAACUGAUCGAUAUUAUCCAACCCGGAACGGUGGACUGGUCCCAGGUCGUACAGAAAUUUGAUCCAAUGAAACGACUGUUCCAAGAACAGGGCAACUGUAACAUGGUGGUUUCAUGUGCUCGCAGUAUUAAUAUUCGAUUUGUGAAUGUGAGCGGUGAGGACAUCCGUGAACGACACAAAAAACUCAUCUUAGGCGUGUGCUUCCAACUCAUGCAUGCGUACACGUACAAGUUGUUACAUGAAGCGGCUGGCGGUAAUCUGAUGCCUCGAGAUGACAAAGAAGUUUUGGAAUGGGCCAAUGAAGAGUUGACUGAAGCCAAAGCACGUAACAUUACCGGGUUCCGUGAUCCAGCAUUUGCAACCGGUGUGCCGAUUCUACAACUGUUGGAACAAAUCAAACCGGGCUCGACCAAUCGGGAAGUCUGGGUGGAGAGUACAAACGAUGAUUUCUCCCUGUGCACUUAUGCGAUUUCGUGUUGUCGCAAAGCCGGUGCUCGAAUCUAUGCACUGCCGGAACAUUUGCGUGAUUUGAACGGGAAAAUGAUUCAAACUAUCCUAGUCUGUUUGCAAGCAUUGCAUUACAGUAUUCGAAGAAAAGCGGAACAGGCACGAACGAAACAGAAGAAAACCAGAUUGCCAUGGCUCCGAAUCGCCACGGCUGAUGAAUCGGAUGGGGAGUCGACAAUGGACUAG